AUGGCUGCCUCUCAGCCCAGCGGCUACGGAACAUCCGACGAAGAUGCCCCUCCUUCAUACGAGUCGAUCAACCACGCCCACCGAGUACAGCAUGUUGACUCGGAAGCUUGGAGAGACAUGGACCCCAACCUCGUGUUUGGUUUCAUCUCGCCCUUAGGUGGCGGGGACACAACUACGCCGAACGGAUGCCAGUGGGAGGUCAGACUCCGCGUCAAAGUACGCGAUCUACCGCGCCUUAUGGUCGAAGGCUUCCACUGGGACGCAUCCAACUUCAACUUCAACGCCACCUACUACAAAACGCACGUUAGAGAUGAACAAUACAGCAUCAUAAGGGUCGGCUGGUCAUGCUCUAGCCACUUCUUCCUCUCGGACCUAGGAGACAAUCCCUACUGGGCCGCGACCCUGAUAGUCUUUGCCCACAACACUGACGUUCUCUCCAACUUCCGAGUCACCGACGUCACCCCGGACAACUUGCGCUGGGCUGCGGCGUGGACAAAUGGAGGAGAGGGUGUGGUAUAUGACUGGGAGUCCGACAACCCGUUGACAGGCAUCAAUUCUAUUUAUCCCAACUUGCCUUUGAAAGGAUGGUGGCCUUGGCCCAAACGGAACGAUUAG